AUGGCUGCCUCCACUUGUCGAUCACGUCGCUCAUGCCUUCAAUAUUUGUUGCAUCUUGCUCAUGAUUACCUGGACUACAGGUUACCGGAAAUAAAGUCUCUGCUGGAUCUCAGAGCAAAAUCAUUCCACCCAACUGAAAACUUCAAUGAACAGUCUCCUUUCUGGUGCCUGGACAGUUUGUCAGAGGAGGAUGUUCGCAGCGUUAUGGCCAGAUCUGUUUGUGCAAAGUCUGCAUUUGAGCUGUGGGGCCAUGGCAAUACGCACAGUGAACUCAAAACAUCCCUCUUGAACUACCCAUCAGAGAAAAUGAAGCCCUACAUGCACAAAGAGUCUACAUACAAAAUCAACAUCUACUCUUUUAACAAAUCUUUGGCAUUUGAAGACCGAAUCAAGAAGAUUAAUGCUUUGGCGUAUCUUCCCUUUGAAGGUACAGUGAACCUGACGAACCCUCAGCACAUCUUCUGUUUGUUAGAGGAUUAUGGCACCGACCCUAACAACAUCCCACAGCAUCCCAACUACAUUUACUUUGGCAGAUGGAUAGCAGAUGGUCAGCGGGAACUGAUUCGCUCCUUCAGUGUGAAGGACAGACAUUUUAUUGGAAACACCAGCAUGAAUGCUGGCCUCUCAUUCCUCAUGGCAAAUCAUGCAAAGGUCAAAGAGCACGACCUCGUUUUUGACCCGUUUGUUGGCACAGGGAGCCUGUUGGUUGCAUGUUCUCAGUUUGGAGCUUAUGUCUGUGGAACAGAUAUUGAUUACAACACAAUUCAUGGCAAAGGUCGGUCCAGCCGUAAAAAUCAAAAGUGGCGAGGUCCCGAUGAGAACAUCAGAGCUAACUUACGACAAUACGGAACAGAGAGGAUGUAUGUGGAUGUGAUGGUGUCUGAUGCAUCCAAGCCGUUGUGGAGGAACACUCCUCUGUUUGACGCAAUCAUUACUGAUCCUCCAUAUGGGAUCAGAGAGUCUACAAGAAAAACAGGCUCCCACAAGGGCAUCAAUAAACCCCCCGAUGGCACCUACACUGAGUCCCAUGUACCUGUCUCCCAGGUGUACAACCUCAGUGACAUCUUCUCAGAUUUGUUGAACUUCUCUGCCCACCGCCUGCUCAUGGGUGGGAGGCUCGUCUAUUGGCUGCCUGUCUACAGACCUGAGUGA